CUGGAUUCUCUCCAAACCGGAGAGAAAAUGAGCAAAUGAAGAGGGAAAAUUUCACUGUGCAACGGAAAAUUACAGAAAUACCCAAAAUAUCUUGCUCUGAAAAUCGGGCCCUGGGUCUUUCCCCAAAACGAACAUUGAAAACAUUGCCAAAGGAGAUAGCCAAGGGACUUCGCGUUACUGUCAAGCUUACGGUGCAGAACCGUUUGGCCAAGGUAACGGUGGUUCAAUCGACCCUAGGUUUAAAUGAUGAAAAUUAAACAAAAGCCUCCAACACCCGCCCAUCAAACUCCAAGGUUCGGUCUGGUUGGGCCGAACCCAAUUUCACAUAUUAUAGGCCCCGUCAUCCACAUACACGUGUUAAUCCAGUGCCCGAAUCGUUAAUCCUUCCGUCGUGUCUCUCUUUUCUCGAUCGAGUAGCAGUGCGCAGCAGAGCACAGUUGCUAUGGUGUCGAAAUCAAGCGACUCCUCUGCCUCUAAACUCAGAAAAUUUCAAGGAGAACAGUCAAAUCAGGGUAUUGGAAACCUGUCAUAUAAGCUGAAUCAGCUGAAAAGGAAAAUUCAGGCGGAGAGAAUUGUUUCAAUAAAAGAAAAAGUUGAAAAGAACAGGAGGAAAUUAGAAAGUGAUGUUUCUCAAAUUAUGUCAGCUUCAAGGAAGACCGCUUUAUGUAUGGGGCAUGCUGGAGUUGGUAGCAUUAAUUUUUCAAGAAUGGGAACCCCUCUUUGCAAGUAUAGUGGCUUUGCUCAAGGUUCAGGGGAUAAAGAUUAUAUUAAUGGUCAUGAAGUUAUACCCUUAACAAGCACAAAGCUUCCAUUCAUUGAGAAGAUACCUCCAUAUACUACCUGGAUAUUUUUGGAUAGAAAUCAGAGAAUGGCUGAAGACCAGUCAGUAGUUGGGAGGAGACGCAUAUACUAUGAUCAACAUGGCAGUGAAGCACUCAUUUGUAGUGACAGUGAGGAAGACACUGCAGAACCUGAGGAAGAGAAACAUGACUUUUCUGAGGGUGAAGACCGCAUUCUAUGGAUGGUUUUUCAGGAACAUGGAUUGGCUGAAGAAGUGCUAGACAUUGUUAGCCAAUUCACUGGAGUCUCCACAUCAGAAAUCCAGGAGAGAUGUAGCAUGCUCAAGGAAAAAUUUGAUGAGGAACAAAAUGAGAAAGAUUCUGGGGAUUCCAUGUCUAAUAGGGGCAUAUCUCUGGAUAAAAGCCUAACUGCUGCUUUAGAUUCUUUUGACAACCUAUUUUGUCGUCGUUGUUUGCUAUUUGACUGUCGCCUACAUGGUUGUUCUCAAACAUUGAUCAAUCAUAGUGAAAAACUUCCUUACUGGUCUGAAUAUGAGGAUGACAGAAAACCUUGCAGUGAUCAAUGUUGCCUUCGGCUUAGAGUUGUCAAAGACUUGCCAGAGGGUUCAGUUACCAAUGGCUUGCAUCAGACGAAAAAUACUAACUUAGAAGGGGAAAAAAACACUGCUCUCGCCUCAAAUUUUGAAGCACCUCAUGAUGCUGAUGGUGCCACAGAUCUGGCCCAAGAUGAUAUACUGUUUUCAGAGAAAGAGAUAUCUGUUGCUCCAGGAACUAUAUAUCUCUCAAAACUUGCUUCUGAAGCUUCAGAUUUGGAUAUUCCUGCCACUGUGAUGCACAAUCAAGAACAUAUGAGAAAGCGCAAAGUAUCACGUGAUACAAAUGUAACCGUUGGUGACUCCACUGAGAUUCCUGAUGAUCUCCAUGAUUCUUCUGGUAAGAAGCAGAAGAAAUUAUUGACUUCGGAUGUAGUUACCGAGGAUGUUGAAGAUAUCUCAACUCAUGAUAACAUAGCUGGUACGGAAAGUACAACUGUUAAAAGUGAGCUUCAGUUGACUCCCAAAGGCACAAGGAGUCAUCCCAACGAACAUUCACCAAAAGAACUUUCUUGUUCUGGCACCGAGGUGGCAAGUCGAGAUAAAGUCGAUGAUAUCACUGAAUUGCCUGAAUCAAAUCUGUCAUCCUCAACAGAAAGACAACUAAAGGCUGCUUCAAGCAGGUGUGAGUGGAAACCUAUUGAGAAAGAACUAUAUUUGAAGGGAAUAGAGAUAUUUGGGAAAAACAGUUGCCUUAUUGCUAGAAAUUUACUUUCUGGGUUGAAGAGUUGUAUAGAAGUGUCAAAAUACAUGUGUGAGAGUGGAGCAACAAUGCCUCAUAGAUCUGUUGCACCAAGUUCAAUUUUUGACGAUAAUGGAAAGACUGAUACAGAUUACACAGAGCUGGAGAUGCCAACAAGAUCACGGUUACUUCGCAGGAGAGGCAGGACACGGAAACUUAAAUAUUCUUGGAAGUCUGCUGGACAUCCAUCAAUGUGGAAAAGAAUUGCCGAUGGAAAAAGCCAGUCCUGUAAACAGUAUACACCAUGCGGAUGCCAGUCAAUGUGUGGAAAGCUAUGCCCUUGUCUACAUAAUGGAACAUGCUGUGAAAAAUAUUGUGGGUGCUCAAAGAGUUGUAAAAAUCGUUUCAGGGGAUGCCACUGUGCAAAGAGUCAAUGCAGAAGCCGACAGUGUCCAUGUUUUGCUGCUGGACGUGAAUGUGAUCCAGAUGUUUGUCGGAAUUGCUGGGUUAGUUGUGGUGAUGGUUCAUUAGGUGAACCAUCCAAACGAGGAGAUGGCCAAUGUGGGAACAUGAGGCUUCUUCUAAGACAACAGCAAAGAAUCCUUUUGGCAAAGUCUGAUGUUGCUGGAUGGGGCGCCUUUUUAAAGAACCCUGUCAGCAAAAAUGAUUAUCUUGGAGAAUAUACUGGUGAACUGAUUUCCCACCGAGAGGCAGAUAAGCGAGGGAAAAUUUAUGAUCGUGCCAAUUCAUCGUUCCUUUUUGACUUGAAUGAUCAGUAUGUCCUUGAUGCUUACCGCAAAGGAGAUAAGCUGAAAUUUGCAAACCACUCCUCCAACCCCAAUUGCUAUGCAAAGGUGAUGCUGGUGGCAGGAGAUCAUCGAGUAGGAAUCUUUGCCAAGGAACAUAUUGAAGCUAGUGAGGAGUUGUUCUAUGAUUAUCGAUAUGGACCAGACCAGGCUCCUGCUUGGGCUCGGAAAGCCGAGAGUUCCAAAAGAGAUGAUUCAACAGUCUCGCAAUGUAGAGCAAAGAAACAUCAAUCCCAUUGAUGAGUUGCUUGCGUGGUUUGAUGCAGUUACAGAGAAUAUUGCUCUAAUUCUGCAAUCGCCUUUUAUCCGUGUUCAAAACUACUACGAACAUAGAGCGUGACUCAUGAGAAACUAUACCUCGGAUCUGCCAACAAUUACUUGUAUAUAGAUGUAUAAGUUCUCUCUUAGAUAUUUUGAUUGUUAAAUAAAAUCACACAAAUCAUGAUUGGCGAUAAUGAUGAACCUUCUCUAGAGGCUUCCUGUAAUUGGCAACAGUUAUAGGAUCAAUAAUAUUGCUGCUCUAUCUAUGAUCUUGAUUGUAAUAAAUGGAAUUUGUAAACUUAUAAAAGCAUUAUUCUUUUGUAGUU